AUGUCAUUUUUAUAUUCCAAGUGGCUCAACAGGCGCAGUUCUCAGUAUCAGGCGCCACCUGAGCAAUCUGAGGCAGAUGAGAGUCAACGACUAAAAGCCGACGACGACUACAAUGACCACCGUAUAUCACAGUGCCAAUGUGAAAAGGGGCAACGAUUGCCCGCAAUUCAUCGAGUGUGCGUCAUUGUUAUUGUGGUAGCGAAUAUCCUGAUGUUCAUCUCCAGUACUACGCUUCUAUCCACCAGAAAGCGUGCUAUGUGUAGUGAGAAACAAUCUAGCGCUUACUCACCGAUUUUCGACCGGCUUGAUAUUCACAGAUCCCCGGUCCACUUUAACGACACAUUCUGGCCAGACGACCCGCCAUCUAUCUUCCAACAACGGCCCUCACCGGAGGUAGACAAAGCGUGGCAUCGGCUCAGCAGUCUGGAGUCCAUCGGUCUCAGUGUCGAUGAGGUUCGUCGCUUGGGUUACGACCCCGCGACGGUUUGGCGGGCGCCUAAGGACCAAUUCGGCGAAGGCGUCUAUUAUGGACAUAUCAACGUCUUCCAUCAGAUCCAUUGCCUCGAUCUGCUCCGCUCGACAGCAUGGCCAGCCUACUACGGAGACCUCAGGGAGAAGGCCAAAGAUAUACCCCUGGGGUGGGAUGACCACCUGUUGCACUGCCAGUUCAUCCUCCUCCGUGCACUCCUUUGCCAUGCCGACAUAGAGGUAACCGUAUUCCAGAAAUUCAAAGGGUGGCCUGGUAUCAACGCUAAUUUUGCGAGCACCAAAAUGUGUCGUAACUUUAAGGACAUACUGGAGUGGAAGGAGGCCAAUGAGUUGAAAACCAAGGGAGAAUGGACGGAGUAUCCAGACCAUCCAAUCGUUGAGGUCGACCCAGAGGGGGUUCUCACGCCGUAUGGGAACCACGACGGACUGAAGGAAUGGAUGGCCCGAGAGGGGAAACCCAUCAAUAGUGCUAUCCUAGGCCACAUCCACAAAUAA